GAAGUCGUCCUUUUGAUACAAUGUUGGUGAAGCUUCCUCUCUGUGUGAUCUUUCUUUUCUUUUCUGUGAUUAUUGUGGCAACAAUUCAUACUGAAUGGCAGGAUGCGGACAAUGUGCAUCGUACAACAUCUGAACCAACAACCUACCGUCUGAAUAAUCUAACAGAACCUCUAUUUUAUGAAUUAUGGUUUGAGACACAAAUUCAACGAGGAAUCCUCGAUUAUUCGGGGAGAGUUAUAAUAACACUGCGAGUUCUUGAACCAACGAGAUUCAUUACAAUUCAUUCUCUUGUUAAAAUUCUUCAGUAUGGCAUUAAGAAUGAAGAUGGACAAUUUGUUCCGAUUACCAACAUUGAAUUUAAUUUAAGAUCGGAAAUUUGUACCUUCGUCUUACGCCAGGAUAUUGUCCCGGAAAAGAAUUACACGUUAGAAAUUCAAUUUACCGAAACAUUCAAUGAUCAAUCGCGAGGAUUCUUCUAUAGAAGGUACAUGGAAGAUUCUAAGGUACUCUAUAUGGCUACGACGUAUCUACAUUCUGGAAAUGCCAGAUUUGCUUUCCCGUGCUACGAUGAGCCAAAGUAUAGAGCUCCUUUUGUCAUACACGUAACGCAUGAUCCUUCCUUGGAGGCCAUCUCGAAUAUGCCAGUUGAAUAUAUCGUCAAUAAUACCGAUGGAACUAUUACAACGUCUUUCUACAAAACUCCCCCAACCCCCGUAAAUAUUAUAUCCAUCACUAUUACCCAGUACGCGUCUAGGACUCAACUUGCCCCGCGAAACAUUCCUCUAUCCGUUUAUGCACCAAAAGAUUUUAUCCAUGAAGUGGAUUUUGCUCUGGAUUUCUCAAUUCCCGUCAUUUCUCGCAUUGAAGAAUAUAUGGACUACGAAUACACACUACCAAAGCUUGACUACCUCAGUAUUCUUGACUUUAUCCCUGGUGCAAUGGAGAAUUGGGGAACGUUCUUAUUUGACUCCCAAUAUAUGCUGUACAAGAAUGAUUCAACAACUGAGAGGCAAAAGAUGACAAUGGCUCGCAUAAUGACGCAUGAGCUCGUGCAUAAUUACUUUGGUAGCCUUGUGGGUGUUAAGUGGUGGUCAGAUAUGUGGAUGAUGGAGGCUUUUGCUAAUUUUGGUGAAUUCUACUUCACUGAUGUCUUCCUGCCUGGCUAUCAUUUCAAGGAAGUUUACGUAACUGAGGUCAUGCAUAGGAGUUUGAUUGAUCAUGGAUUCAUUGGAACACGCCCUAUUGCAUCCUACAUAGAGGAACCGAGAGAAGUUCGACGAAUUCUCGAAGGUUACCUCAGCAAAGCCGCCUUAACCAUGAGAAUGCUCUUCUAUGCAUUUGGCGAAGAUGUUUUUCAGAAGUGCGUUCGACAUAUUGUCCACAGUAUGGCUCUCAGUACCAUUACUCCGGAGGAGAUGUAUGAAAUCUUUGAGAGGGUAAUAGAAGAAAAUGAAGAAAUACCCGAUGAUGUGAAGGUUAGUGAAAUCCUUCGAACGUGGUUUGAACAACCAGGAUACCCCCUACUGAAUAUUCGAAGAGACUACGAGGCAAACACUGUGGUUGUGACACAACAGAGAUUUCUUUCGGCACGAAAUGAGAGUGUCACCACAAAUAGCUCCUGGUUCAUUCCACUUUCAUUGUCAACAUCUAGAGAACCAAAUAUGGAAGAUACCACACCGUAUGCAUGGAUGAAGCCAGGAGUUGGGGAAUUAACGCUAAAGCCAAAUUUGGUGGUUUCUUGGGGGGAGGACGAUUGGGUGCUCUUUAAUAUCCAACAAACGGGAUACUUUAGAAUUAAUUACGACACACAGAAUUGGAUUCUACUCGCCAAGGAACUCCAUCAAGGGUACCCCUUUCGAAUUCCUCCACUCAAUCGAGCACAACUCAUUGAUGAUUCCUUCAAUUUGGCCUAUUCCGACGUAAUUGACUUCACCGUGGCACUGGACAUUAUAAAGUACGUCAUAAAGGAGGAUCAGUACACUGUCUGGACAGCGGCCAAUCGUCAUUUGCUCAGCCUCAAUCGCCGCUUAGAUGGGCCAUCGUAUGAGAAGUACUUUGGGCGUUUCUUGCAGCACAUCACAGAGGAACAUCUCGAUAAGUUGGAUGUGUUUGAAAAUAUCAAUCCCAAUGAAACUAUUUCUGCCACCUUCCUUCGCCCAAUUGUCGUGGAUUUAGCUUGCCGUGCUGGAUCAGGGAAGUGCCUAACAGCAACGAGAGUCCUCGUAAUGGCAGAAUCCAUGACUGGUCAUCGUCUUGUCCCGCGCGAAGUGAGCUCAGCAUACUACUGCCAUGGGCUGAAGAAUGCAAAUUUAGAAACUUUCAAGUACUUCUGGAACAAAUUGCACAACCUUACGCAUGAACAGGAACGUUCACACUUCUCAAAUUCCCUCACUUGCUACCACGACGAAGAAGUUGUAAUGGAGAUCUUGCUAACAACAUCUAGUCCUCUGAGUAACUACACGUACUCAAAUAAAGAGAGAUUAGAUCUCUUUGCUACGGCUUUUCGCAAUGGUCACAUAAGAUCAGCAAUAAAUUUCUUCCAAGAACAUCAUGAGGAUAUAGCUGUGGCGUAUGGAUUUAGUAUGUCUCUUGAUGGUUUACUGAGAGAAAUGACAUCCUACCUUCACCUUGCGGACGACAUUAAAGCCUUCUUGGCCAUGUUAGACACACUAAUAAUGCACAAUUACAUUUCUGAUGAGCAAAAGAGCCGAAUUAUUGAUGAAAUGGAGCACAAUUUUGAAUGGGUCGAGGAGAAUAAGGCAGAAAUUGAGUCUUGGAUUCAAAACUACUUUGAACCUGGUAGUGUUAAUGCAGCUGGUAAUAAAUUCAUCAGUAUUUGGAUGAUUUGCAUUGUUAUCUGCGUAAAAAUUAUUAAUCCAUAAAAUAUUAUUAAGAGCAUUAAAAUAUAGCAACUUGAAGUUUGUACACUUUUCUUCCCGGAACAGUGUGAUAUGUUCCCGGAAAGUGCCAUAAGUGGCUAGAAAUUGUGCAGUGAUCCUGCCCAUUGCAUCAGGAAGUUUCUAAAGGAUCUUAGGAACCUCUUUUUAAACCUCGGCUGAUCCUUGGUGUCAUCUUCGGGACAAAAUUUUAGUUUAUAAAAACGGUUCACGCAUUCCAAAAGAGACUUCAUGAAUGGACAGAUUUGGACCCAAAGAUGAAAUCAAAUAUCAGCCGGGUGUUGAAAGGGAUGUUCCUAAGAUCCAUUAGAAACUUCCUGAUGCAAUGCGCAGGAUGAAUGUACAACUUUCAGCCACUUAUGGCACUUUCCGGGAAGAGAAGUGUACAAACUUCAAGUUACUGAAAAAUAUUUACCCAACUUUUACAAAAAAUAAUGGCCAGAGUGAUGAAAAAAUUAUUUUUUUGCAUGUCAGGAAAGGAAAAUAAUGAAUUCUA